AUGGAUGAGGGUGCGGAGCUGACGACAAUGACGGAUGCUGUGUGCUUUUUACUUGAUGAGCUAACGGAGUGCGCCCGGUCCCAUGCGCUAAUCGUUGGAGGCAAGGCGUUUUUGGGCGUGGAUCCACACGAGCGCCCUAAGUCGAAUGAGAACGAGGAUGCUGUGCGCGAAUUCACUGAGUUGCUCGUGCGAAGUCCGAUGGUUCAAGCUUCUCUGCUGCUAUCGUUAGUUGGCCUCGACAAAAGUCUCGCGCGAGUGGGAGGCGAACUCGACGACCAAAGCCCGCGCAACGAUUACCUGCGAUACUUAACAUGCUUCCUAAAGUCCACAGAACCGGCGAUCAAUGAAGCUUUCAAGUAUGAGGGCGCCCGAACUUUCAUGGGCUUUACUCCGGUUCCCAGUCUCAAGAAGACCCUCGCCAACUACAAGUGCCUCCACAAGGUCGAAGUGGGCGGGGCAGUGGUCGAGAUCCCGGCCACACACCGACGCUGCGACCGCGCCCCCAAACUCGUAGAGGACGAGGCGGUCGUAGAGGACGAGGCGGUCGUAGAGGACGAGGUGGUCGCAGAGGACGAGGCGGUCAUAAUGGAGGGGGUGGUCAUAGUGGGCGAAGGAGUUAUCGAGGCCCCUGCCCCACGCUGUGUAACCUCCUCCAGGCUCGCCGAAGCCGCCGAUCGUCUGAGCCGUCCCUUCGUCGAUUUUCUCGAAAAUCGCUCCUCACCUCCCCUCUGUCACUACAGCUGUCACUGA